GUCGUGCAGUGCCAUGACAUGAAGCAGCCGAGAACUGUUUUUCUGCAGUUUUCGCUGUCCUGAAACACACACACAGAUGGCUAUGAGCGGCUGAAGUUAGCAAAUACCCAGAACAACUUUAAUUGACGCACAUUUGACAUGUCAGACCCUAAAAGAGCUGGCGCUGAUGCUGGAUCAGUGGUUUCGGACCCUCAGCACUCCCAGAAGCUUCUCAGGGUCCUUCAGUCUUUCAGACAGGACGACUGUUUUCAAGAUGCAGUGCUGGUUUUGGAAGGUGAACAGAUUCCUGUGCAGAAAAACAUUUUGGCUGCUGCUAGUCCGUACAUCAGGACCAAAUUAAAUUACAACCCACCAAAGGAGGAUGGAUCUGUAUACACAAUCGAGUUGCAGGGGAUUGCAGUGACCACCAUGAGGCAGAUAUUAGACUAUAUUUUCAGUGGGGAGAUCACUCUGAGUGAAGACACCAUUCAGGACGUGGUUCAGGCCGCUGAUCUUCUACUUCUCACUGAUCUCAAGUCUCUGUGCUGUCAGUUCCUGGAGAGCUGCAUCACUGCUGAAAACUGCAUCGGUAUUCGGGUCUUUUCUUUGCAUUACUGCCUGCACCACGUUUAUCACGUGGCCACAGAGUUCCUGCAGACGCAUUUCCGCGACGUGGCCAAUACAGAGGAGUUCUUGGAGCAGCCGCCCGAUCGCCUGUGCGAGCUGCUGUCCAUGGAGAAGCUCAACGUUGGGAAUGAAAGACACGUCCUGGAGGCUGUUGUCCGCUGGAUCGGCCAUGACACUGAAGCUCGACGAGUCCAUAUGAAAGAGGUGAUGUCUGCUGUGUGGGUUCAAGGCCUGGACCAGAGUUACCUCCAGGAGCAAAUGCUGGGAGACUCGCUGAUGCGGGAGGUGAUUGGGAAUUGUUGUAUGGAGUCUCUAGGAGGAGCAGCACAGCAGGGAGAGGCUUUGCUCGCUGCGUUCAAACCUCGCGGCUACUCUGAGUGCAUCGUCACAGUCGGCGGUGAAGAAAGGACCUCUCGGAAGCCCACGGCAGUGGCGCGCUGCAUGUGUCCGCUUUACGAUCGCAACAGGCAGCUGUGGAUUGACCUGAUGCCAAUGAAGGAGAGAAGGGUUGGCCAUGGGGUUGUGUCUGCAGAGGGGUAUGUGUUUGCAAUUGGAGGAAUGGAUGAGAAUAAAACCGUCUUGAGCUCUGGAGAGAAAUUUGAUCCGGAGACCAACACCUGGACCCAGAUCCCAUCAAUGAUGCAGGCCAGACAGCAUUUUGGCAUAGCGGAGCUGGACGGGAUGAUCUAUGUGUUGGGUGGGGAAAAUGAGGACACUGAAGUUCUCCUCACGAUGGAGGUGUUUGACCCGCAUUGCAAUGUCUGGAGAAUGCUGCCAAAGAUGACCACAGUACGCAAGUUUGGUAGCUGUGCCACCAUGAAGAAGAGACUGUAUGUGAUGGGCGGAGGAUCAUAUGGGAAGAUCUACGAUUCUGUGGAGUGCUACGACCCCAAAACCCAACAGUGGACAACAGUCUGCCCUCUUAAAGAGAGGAGGCACCAGUUUCGACUAUGUCCGUGAGUUUCGCAGGAGCACAGGCACCUGGCACCCCACCAGACCCCUCAUGCCCUCAGAUCUGAGCAAGACGAGCUGUGCCGCCCUGCGCAUCGCCAACUGUAAGCUGUUCCGACUGCAGCUCCAGCAGGGACAGUUUCGCAUUCGGGUUCCAUCCACAUAAACAACCACUGACUGUAACACUGCUGGUCUGGAGGAGGAUGCCAGGGAUUGUGGGAUUACAUUGGCUUCGACUGAGGUGUGGUUACAAUGUGGGAAAUCUUGUUCUGUUUUUUUAUAGUGGCUUCCAGUCACAGGAAAUUCUGUUACGGUAGAAGGGACCCGCUCGCUAUUUUCAUGCUUCAUUUGAGUAGUAUUAAUUAGGUUGUUGAUACGGCUAGUAUCUUGAUGCUAAUACUUUUGAUUUAAAGUAGGUGAAGGAGGACAAAAAUGACUGUUUUGUACAAUGGAUGAGUCUUAAAUGUAGAUCUGAUAGGGAACAAUCAAGAAAUAAUCAGGGCUUGUGGUGUUUUACGAUCGAGCACAGUUGCUAAUAUUAUUAUCAGUGUUAGUGUAGCUACUGUACAAUCAAGGGGGAAAUGAUGCGUUAGGCUAUUUAAAUGAUUUAUUAUGUAUUAGUAUUUAGCCUUUCAGAGGGAUGAAUUGCUAAUUAAAGACUUCCAUAUAAUAUACACCACCUGACAAAAGUCUUGUCAUCCAUCCCAGCUGUAAGAGCACCAAAUAAUAACUUGACUCAUU